AUGGAAAUGAUUCAACGCAAUAAAUUGGGAGAUGCCAUUGAUCCAGCACAAUGCACAUUGUGCAACAAGGUUCAUGCGGUGCUCCCCAACAAGGCAAAAACCAAGACUCAAUUGCCCAGACGGAGUGGGUGCCUUCUCUCAAACAAGAAUGCAUGCUGCGGCAACAGAAUCUUUGAAAGGGGCUGUGUCGAGGCGUUGGUGCAAGGGAUGCAGACAGGAAAACUUGCCUUUCACAAGGAAUUCUUUGAAGCCGCAAUUAGUGAUAAAAAAAACUGGAUUUAUUGGUUUUACAAAUAUUCGGAAUAUCGAGAAGGAAGGGACCUCAACAUGAGACUUCCCGACAAUGUUCCUUGCCCAAUGUGUUGUGUUAUGGAAGCUUGCAAUGGCGAUGCAACCACCUUGGCCAACACUAGCAUCCUCAUCAAGAACCAUUGCAACCUAUUGACCAGGGGGAAGAGGCACAGUAAGAAAAGGAAGAGGAAUCCCCGGAACAAGAACAAUAAGACUGAGCAUGAUCCAUUGCUAGCACAACUUGGAUCAAAAAAGACAGCGCAUAAUCUAGGUCCAUCAAAUGGGGACUUGGCAUUAUCGUUUGUUGAACUACCUGAAAAGGGUUUUAAUCGACAAAAGGUGAUCAAUGCGCUGUCGGAAUCGUCCAAUUCUCUAGCAGGGAUGUUGUACUUCCCCGCCUACCACCUACUAAUAGAUCCAUGUCUUGGGCUUGAACAGCUGCAUGGCAUGGCAGGGCAGACAAACGGAAAGGAGGACGGCUGUUGGCAUUCUGUUGUUCCUGAAGAAGUUGCAGCUGCUGUGGACAUGACAAGGUUUGAAGGCCAUCCAAAGAAAACAAAAAGGCUGGCCCUAAACCAAAAUUCUACAGAUCAUCCUCUACCUUUGCACAAAAUUGAUCCCCAGCGUUGGCCUUCAGGUCAGUCAUAUGAGCUGAAGGUUGAGUGGUCGGCUUUCAAGCUAGACCGGGAUAUUGAUUGUUCUAGGAAAAAAGGACAGUACCCAAAAGCGGAUGAGCUCAUGUUCUGUCAAGUUUUCCGUCCAUCAGAUUCAGCCAAAGUUUCGGUCGCACUGUUAGAGCCAAGAAUAGAAGAUGCAGACUUCCAUCUUGGUUCAAUGAUUCUACAAGAUCCAGCAGGUUCUCCAAUCUUGGAGAGACCAGAGCACAUUUGUCAAGAUGCACUCUUUGACAACAUGCUACCUUCAACAGGAACUAAAGGUAUCCAGGUAGCCCGUUCUGGUGGCUCUGGCGGCCCUGUUGAUACUUCGUCAAAUCUGUUGAAAACAUUUCUGCUGCGGUUACGGACAUUUCCGGUGCACAGGAGAGCAAUGCCACUGCUCAUUGUAAACUAUGACGGAAGAUCACCUUGUAUCAUUGGUUUGUACAUCAAGGUACAAGAGAGAAAAAGGAUUGCUGCAUUGUAUAAAUAUGCCAUGCCCAGACAUGGUGGGAAAAUAUGCUUUGGUGAAGCCGGUAAUUAUUGUCAUCUGGAAAACUCGGCAGUCCUUCAGAGGUUCCCCGCCUGCAGGGUAAUCUGUGCAAUAAUCUGCUCACAGUAUAACAAUUUGAAGAGCACGCGUCGCCAUGUCAUAUCUAACGCUAUUGCAAACCAACUGGCAAAGUGGGAAUUGGCAAAGACGGGAUCAAACCCACUCCUUUGCUUGGCAAUGGAGGCGAACCACACUCUGGUGACACACCCAGUUGGACUACAUCGCGACUUUUUUGAAAACAAAGGAACUGAUCAAAUUGAGAACAAGAUAGUGCUUGUAUCCUGGAGAUUCUCUUGCACGGAACACAUGAAGACACUGGGGCGUGGUGGCGCUCCAGGGCUAUACACGUUUGCAAUUUUAGAUUGGUAA